UCCCGUCUAGCCGCUCGCUCGAUCACAAAGCUGAACAACGGCGGUACACGGGCCGUUUCGCGUAGCUCCACCGCGCCGCUCGUCCACCCUUCACCGCGCGUUCCCCGGGAUUCGAUCGGGGGUGCGAUCGGCCGACGUCGGGGAACGCACCGCGACUACGUGAAUGACCGCUCUCCGGACGGUACCGAGUGCCAGUUCGCGUGACAGUUUGUGUACCGUCAACAGCACGGGGGUGGUGAACAGUGGUGGUCGCGGGAGACCAUCGGACAGACCGUCAGAUAAGUGAAGAUAAGUGAGCGAAGCGACACUGAAGAAAUGUUGCCGUAUCAGGUGGCCAUGGAUUACGGGGGCUUUCAGCGACAAAGCCCGGUCGGGGUCGGUGUCGGUGUCGGUGUCGGCGGACCCCAUCAGGGGGCCGCUGGGGCGAUCAACCUCAACCCCGCGUUCACGCACUCCUGGUUCGUACCGGCGGACCUCUGUGUCCCGUACAAACAGAGUCAGGGUCCUCUCCUCGAGCCAGGCAUCUUGGAGUUGCGCAAGGAGAAGAGCCGGGACGCGGCGAGGUCGCGGCGGGGUAAAGAGAACUUUGAGUUCUACGAGCUCGCAAAAAUGCUACCACUCCCAGCAGCCAUCACCUCCCAGCUAGACAAGGCCUCCAUAAUAAGGCUAACGAUCUCGUACCUCAAACUACGCGACUUCUCCAGUCACGGCGAUCCGCCGUGGUCCCGCGAAGGUCCACCGCCCAGCAAAUCCGUCAAAGGUGCUAACCGAGUCAGAGCAUCGUCGACUACAACGAUAGAUCAUUUCGAAAUUCAUCAAGGUACCCACAUAUUACAGUCCCUGGACGGCUUUGCGAUGGCUGUCGCGGCUGAUGGUAGAUUCCUGUACAUAUCCGAGACCGUUUCGAUAUAUCUCGGCCUCUCACAGGUAGAGAUGACGGGGUCGAGCGUUUUCGACUACGUUCAUCAGCAGGAUCACGCCGAGGUCGCAGAGCAGCUCGGUCUGGGUCUUGCGUCGUCGACGAGCACCUCGGCCCCGCACUCGUCCAAUUCCGGUCUGGCCUCGCCUAGCAGCGGCGCCUCGGAGGAGCACGGUUCAUCCUCCACUGCAAAUCCCGACGUGUCCUCGGUAAUGUCGCUGACGUCGACCGGACUCUACAAGGGGUACGAUCGGGCGUUUUGCGUUAGGAUGAAAUCCACUCUGACGAAGAGGGGGUGUCAUUUCAAGUCGUCGGGUUAUCGGGUCGUGCUGUUGCUGUGUCGUUUGAGGCCGCAAUUUAUAUUCAACCACACAAGAAAGUCCGCGCCGCCUUUGAUGGGCAUGGUCGGGCUGGCUAUCGCGCUUCCACCUCCCAGCGUGCACGAAAUUCGUCUUGAGACCGAUAUGUUCGUCACACGGAUCAGUUUCGACUUUCGGAUAGCGCAUUGCGAACCAAAGGUGUCCGAAUUGCUGGACUACACUGCCGACGAAUUGACGGGGAAGAAUCUCUACACGCUGUGCCACGGCGAGGACGCGAAUCGUCUCCGGAAGUCUCACAUAGAUCUGAUCAAUAAAGGACAAGUGCUGACGCAUUACUAUCGGCUGAUGAACAAGAGCGGUGGAUUCACGUGGCUACAGACGUGCGCCACCGUCGUGUGCAAUUCGAAAAAUGCCGAAGAACAAAAUAUCAUUUGCGUCAAUUAUGUCAUAAGCGGUCGAGAAUACGAAAAUUUAAUUAUGGACUGCUGUCAGUUAGAGGACGGCGUUACCGGCGUCAAGAGGGAAGAUACAGCCGGGAAUGAUCCGGAGAACGGAUCGCCGGACGCUGACAGAGGAGAGGGUCGUAGUCGAGGCGGCCCUACGAAUCAGCAUCAAGAGCAAUCGCAUCGGUCGCCACCCGAGGAACGGGAGGAGAGCCAUGCGUCGGAAAGCGAGAAACGAGGUAGCCGGCAUCACGACAAUAUAGCCCAGUUGCAACAGGAGUCGCAAACAGCGGUCGGGAAUCUCGGCACGCUCGUAGUGAGAUUGCGAGGGCAUAAACGGAAAAUUCAAGAUGACGACAGCAGCUCCAACGAAGAGGAGGACGAGGAGGAGGCUACGGCGAAGGAAUCGAAUGGCGAGAGAACCCACGCGCUUAGUCCUAGCGCGACAUCCACGCACUCAAUCUCGGCCACCGAACAGGCGCUCUGUUCAGCGAGUCCAAAGUCGCGUCGCGCCGAGGGCAGCAGGAUGGAUAGCGCCGAGAGCACGGGAACUUCGGUGAAAGACUUGGAGCAGGCUAUGUCGAAACACCUGCCGGGGAGCUCGCUAAAGUCAAACUCACCGGCAGCGCUUCACCAGCCAACAGAUUUCAGCACAGACGCGUUAUUAAAGCAGCAGCAGCAGCGAAGUACAAUACAAUGGAUCGGCGCGCAUCAUCAUCUAGGCCAUCUAAGUCCGCAGCAGUCUGCUGCCGCCCCUUUACCCGCUUCCGCGCUUCUUAGACAACUUUACGCUGCCAAUCGGGAGAGCGUGAUACGCGCUAAUGUGCACGGGAUUACGUCAAGCGGCGGUACGCGCGCUCCCACAUCGGCCGGUAUCUACUACCCGGGCGAAACCGCCCCUAAUGGACCUCUGCCCACGCCACCGGGCUCGGAGGGUUCUAGUACGUACGGUGAGCACCAAUUUGUGCUCGCUGCUCACAAUCAAAAAGCAUCAAAUGGCACCAGCUGCGCCGACGCUUUCACCAGUCUAGUUUCAUCGUACACGUCCGCUACUGCGGCCGGCUACUCGGUAGACUAUCAUUCAGCAAUGACGCCGCCAUCGUCGGUCUCGCCGCGGGACAAGCAGCAACAGCAGCAGCAGCAGCAACAACAACAGCAGCAACAGCAGCAGCAGCAGCAAUUGCAUCCCGUGAUAAGCAGCUACGAAGGCUCGUCGGCGUACGCGGAGCCCGUUCUUCGUCACCAAUACGAACCGGCCCAGCCGUUACCCUUGAAACCCCAGGUGUACUCGGCCACUGUCCAUCCGAGUGCCUUAGACGCCGCAGCGGCAUACGCCUCGGCAGGUCUGACGGAACAAUCGCAGUUCUACCAUCAUCCGGCCAGUAGCGCCGGCUUCCACAUCUACCACCCGAGCAACAAGUCAACGGCGAACGGCUGGUACACCUCGGCCUCCUAGUGGCCCCACCCAUAGGAGUCCCACCGCCCGUGUACGCGGAACACGUGUACUUAAGCGACUGUAAUUAAACCCAAAGCCCUCUUUCUCGUGCAUAUCAGUGAUACGCUAUCUUGUCGCUAUCUUUAGCGAUUUAUCGUUGGCGAGCGAUCUUCGUUGUCGUUAGGACCGGCGGGGAGGCUUCACCUCGCUGCUCCUUCCUGUCGAAUCGUCGAGACUCGGCGCUGUAACAAUCGCUCUCUUCUCCAUUAUGUAGAAUGAUUUAUUGUAAUAUAAUGAAUAAAUUAUUAUAUAUAUGUUGACUUUCCGGAAGUAUCUGCGUAAGUAUGGAGCCAACUGAAAAACUCAUGCGUGUUCACCGUGCGUGUUCCAAGUGAUUUAACGCGACGCUCAAAGAGAUCGUAAUAUAUCUAAGGAUUCGCAAUUUAUUAUAUAUGUGUGAUAUACAGGACGAUUUUUAAUAAUAUAAUCCGUACUUCAAAUAAUGAGCACAGAAAAAUGAUGUUGUAUAGAUAUGAAUUAUUCCAGUCUUCUUAUUUUUAUAAUAAAUUAACAAUAUAAAUAUAUUUCACCACUUUAAAUAUUGUCUUGAAUUUAUUAUAAUUUGGAGAAGUUUAAACAAGAUAUGUUCAUGUAUCAUUUGUUCUCGUUUCGAGCUUUAUACUUACUUUGAAGUAUUCACAUGUAAUUAAGAAUUAUCCUGUAUAUGUAUGUAUCAUAAUUAUAUUGUUUCAUUUUUAAUUGCGUUUUAAGACAUCUGUAUUUAUGUAAAUUUAUUUCUCCAAGACGCUUGGAUACGUGAUUAGGCGAUAGUUGGAAUAUGCUUUAAAAAUCUUCGUAAAAUCAUCAGAAUUAUUAAGAGAAAUUCAAACUUGAAUUGGAGUCGGAUCACAUUAUCUCUUGUUAAAAUAUUUUCUUAUAAUUGUGACGAUUUUUCGGUCAAAAGAUACACGUUCCAACUCCCACCAAAUCCCUCAUCGAGCCAUUUUGAAAGAGAGAAUUUACAGAGGAACAGGUAUCUUAAAAUAAACGAGGAGACAACUUCUGAGAAAUUGUCUUCGCAUUGUGUUAAAUAUUACUAAUCAAAUAUUACCGUGUAAGCGGUAAUUUACUCCAGUAUGGUACUUGGAAUAUUUCGUUGUGCGAUGAUGAUUUUCAUAAAGCGGAUGAUACAAUCCUGUCUCUCUCUCAUACGCUUCAACGUUUAUUUCAUUUAAUAAGAGAAAAAGUUGAUAAAAUUUAUUUUGAUGUCAUACGAAGGGUGUUUGAAAAAUAGGACGACAUACUUAAGAGAAAUCGCUAUCUCUAUUAAUUUGCGCUGACGUCUCCGUUUUAGUCAAUUAAUUGAAUUUGUUAUUCGGAAUGCGCCAUGUACAAUCGGUCUGUUCCAAAGAGUUUGUUGUUGCAAGCUUCUUGUUUUAUAUUUCAAUUUGCGAUUGAGGAAGUAGUGAGACUUCUCAGUAGAAAGUAAAGGAUAAUUGAUGAUCUAUAUUCGAUUGUUAUCCCAUAUUUCGCGUCCACGUUCAACAAUCGUAACUGUCGAAAAAUGAUUAAAAAAAUAAAAGAGUUACGAGACUGGCGAAAGAACGAAAUGCAACAUGCAGUCGCAUGGAAACGGAAAGCAAUUCGGAGGAAAAAAAACACGAGUGAUAUUAAAAAGACACUUUUAUUAAAUACGCACUGAGAUUCUUUACUUAUUAAGGACAAGAGACAUUUGUAUGUAUAUUUAUAGACUGCUCUAGCGAUUUUACCUUUUAAAUGUAGGAUAGUUGAAAAUGUAGAUAUCGAGAGGGGACACGUAUCGCGCACGCGAGAAAAAGUCAACAUUGCUCUGGAGGUAGCGAAUUCUUUUACGAAAGUUAUUGUAUUUUAAUGUUUAAACAUUUUGACCAGUUGUUUUUGACAAGUACACGUGUAAAUACAGCUUACGUGCCUAAAAGU